AGCUGUCUGCCUGUCGACCUGUUGCUGCCCCUCAUGGCGAGCCACGAGAUGGUGCGGUCCGCGCUGCUGCCGACGCUGCUGCUCCUGGCGGCGAGUAGCGAGAUCACGGCGGCGCCCGCCUACUUAGACGCGCAGUCGCUAGAGGCGCUGGGCGAGCUGGUGGGGCCCGCGGACGCGGACGCAGCGCUCCUGGCGGCCGGCAAGCCGAACCUGCAGGGCUGGGAGCCGGCGCCGGACCCGCGCUACUACCUGCUCACCGAGCUCGACCGAGAUCCCGCUCAGCAGGCGCCGCGGCGGGUGAAGAGGCACGGCGGGGGCCCCUCCCUGUCCAUCGUGAACCCUCUGGACGUGCUGCGACAGCGGCUGCUGCUGGUGCUGGCCCGCCGGCGCAUGCGCCAGUCCGAGGAGCAGAUCCAGGCCAACAAGGAGCUGCUGGAGAAGAUCGGCAAGCGCGACGCGGGUCGCCUCUCGGGUGUCAGCAGGUUUGCAGACUUGUCCAACUGGUCAACGAGGCCUCGCUGGGGUGACGACUAUGCGUCUUCGCACUAGUCCUAAAAUGAAUCUGCCCACUCCUGCCCCAGUCCGUGAUGUCGCCCGCCCCGACUGAACCAGCCUCUGCUCUCAACCCCCCGCCCCUCGUGAACCCCGGCCGCGCCUGUUUCGUCCCCCCAGGGACCUGCUGGGAGCACAAGUACAACCUGUAGAACAAAGACUUAAUGUAUUUAUCAGGAGAGAAAAAGAAAAAGUAUUAUUAGCUGGACCACGCAUACAUACACCCUUUUAAAAACAUAAGUAAAUGUUGUUGGAUAUAGAUGUUUCUAAAGUUAGUUCCUUUCUAUUCCUGUUCUGGAGCCACUUGUGUUUGUAGCUAGCAGAGCUGCGGGAUCAGCCUCCUCACACUGUACAGUUGUAACAUACAUUGUCAUUAGGAAUACUGUGAAGUAGUUUCAGUUGUUUUCUGUUUCAAUAAAUGAUUGCUUAUUAAUAACGA